AUGUCUAUUAAUUCAAAAUCUGAUUUCUUUAAUAUGAGUUUUGGAUUUAGAAUGGACACACCUGGAGCUUCACCUUAUGGUUUUGCAGCAUUAUUGGCAUCCGAAUCAAAACCAAAUAAAAAUAAAUUAAAUGAACAAAUAAAUGAAUUAAUUGCUAAAAAGAGAAAAGAUGUAGCUUGGUUCGUUAGUCAUUGUUCAACUCAUAGCAAAAGAGAAUGGAUUGCUAAAGAAAUGCAGAAAUAUAUUAAUGUAGACAUUUAUGGUAGUUGUGGGACUUUACAAUGCUCUAAAGGAGUUGGGUUAAAAUGUGUGCAAAUGUUGAAUACUGAUUAUUGGUUUUAUUUUGCUGCAGAGAAUAGUAUAUGUAAAGAUUAUUUAACUGAAAAAAUUUGGGAUCAAGGAUUGAGUACUUUUUCUGUUCCUAUUGUUUUGAAAAGAAGUUUAGUUCAACAUUUACUUCCUCCUUUCUCUUUUAUUGCUGUUGAUGAUUAUAAAAGUAUUCAAGAAUUUACACAUCAUUUAAAAACUUUAAUUAAUACACCACAAGAAUAUAUGAAAUAUUUAUUGUGGAGAUAUGAUUAUGUUUCAAUUAAAUUAAAUGGAGAUACUGAUCCUAGAGCAGAAAAACUUUUUGGUGUUUGCCAGAUAUGCAAAUUAACACAAAUGCAUCCACGCCCAAUAAUUACACUUCCAGCCCCCGUUAAUGAAUGGUGGGAUAAUAGUUGUGAUAAAUCCGAUUUAUUAAUUGAAAAAUUUAAAAAGAAUGAUGAAGAAAAUUAA